CUCAACACCUUCCCUUUUAUUGAGAGAGAUGGGUGGAGGGGAUGGGGAGAAGGAGCUAACGCUGGAGAAGACACCCACAUGGAUCGUGGCAGUGGUAUGUUCCAUUAUAGUCAUCAUCUCCCUCCUGGUGGAGAGAUUCCUUCAUCUUCUUGGAAAGUAUCUAAAAAGAAAGAAGCAGAAGUCUCUCUUCGACGCCCUCCAGAAAAUAAAAGAAGAGCUGAUGCUGGUGGGCUUGAUCUCCCUCCUGCUGGCGGUGUUCGAGGACGACACUCAGCGCAUCCGCAUCCCCAAGACUUGGAACCACCACAUGCUCCCCUGCGACAAUCACUCCUCCUCCGCCGGCCGGCGGCGGAUCCUCGCCGCCGGUGGAUGCAGCAAGGAUGACUGCACGUCCAAGGAUAUGGUCCCAUUAUUGUCCACUAAAGCAUUGCACGAGCUGCAUAUCUUCAUCUUUGUUUUGGCGGUCACUCAUGUAAUUAUGAGUGUUUCAACUAUGGUUUUAGGAGGAUUAAAGAUACGUAAGUGGAAAGCCUGGGAGGAUUCAAUUCACCAAGAUGAAGCAAUAAACGUCUCAGACAAAGUCACUCUCAUAAAUCAAUUUCGAUUCAUCAACGACCACUUUCAUGGUAUUGGGAAACAGUUCAUGCUGCUACAUUGGUUGCAUUCUUUUGUAAAACAGUUUUAUGGAUCUGUGACCAGAUCAGAUUACACAACAAUGAGACUGGGUUUCAUCAUGACACAUUGCAGGGGGAACGUGAAAUUCAAUUUUUACAGGUACAUGGUAAGGGCUCUGGAAGCUGAUUUUAAAAAGGUUGUUGGUAUCAGUUGGUAUUUCUGGAUUUUUGUGGUCAUCUUCUUGAUGCUGAAUAUUCAUGGGUGGCGCACAUAUUUUUAUGUAGCUUUCGGUCCAUUAGUUCUUCUACUGGCUGUGGGCACCAAGCUGGCGCAUGUCAUGACUCAGUUGGCCAAGGCAGUUGCUGAAAAGCAUUCGGCCAUAGAAGGAGAUUUAGUUAUCAAGCCUUCUGAUAAUCUGUUCUGGUUUCAGCGGCCUCGGCUCAUACUCAUCUUGAUUCAUUUUCUGCUCUUCCUGAAUUCCCUUGAGAUUGCAUUGUUCUUCUGGAUAUGGAUCACUUUUGGUUUUGACUCCUGCAUCAAUGGAAGUGUAGGCUUCAACAUCGCCAGACUUGUAAUUGGGGUGACUGUUCAGCUUCUCUGCAGCUACAGCACCUUGCCACUCUAUGCCAUCAUCACCCAGAUGGGGACUUCAUUCAAAAAAGUGAUAUUUGAUGAGCAUAUUCAAGAAGGCCUUGUAGGCUGGGCUCAGCAGGCAAAGAUGAGGGUAGGGCAAAGAGCAGACAACUAUCAGACUGGACCAAGCCAUGUUGGACCAAAAGAUGGGACUCUUGUGGCAGUUCAGACACCAGAGAUAUCUGACCAGGGAAAGUUUACAGUAGAAGAGGAGGCGAAUGCUAGGCUUUUUAGGAGAAACACAUCAAAAGCAUCUAUGCCAUGACCCACCAUCUGAAACCUACCACCGUAUCGUCUUACGAUUUUUGAGUCAAAUAUCAUGCUCAUACUAUCGAAGCAUCCAAACAACCUUAACAUGUAUCAUACUGCAGGUGUAUAUUAUGAGCUUCUGGAAGGGUUGAUGAUACAUUAUCAAUGUCCUUGCAUGUGAAGCAUUAGGCCAAUCUGCUGACAUUGAAGGGAUAACUGACAAAAUGAAUGGCAAUUUCUCAUCAUUAUUUUUAUGCCAUUUCA